GGCCCCGCCUCCGCAGGUUGAUGGCAGCGGCAGCUGGGACUGCAGCGGCGCCCGGCCCCGAGAGUCGCAGGCAGCGGCCGGAGUGCGCAGCCUAACGUCCGGGCCCCAGACGCCGCGGACACCCGGAGAGGCAGUUCCGGCGCCCUGACGCCUCCCUCGGUCCACAGCGCACCCCCAAUCCCCUCCGCAGAGAAGUCGCAGCGUGAGCGCCCCUCGGCCGGCUCGGGACCAGCUAUGAGCCGGCGCGUGGUUCGGCAGAGCAAGUUCCGCCAUGUGUUUGGACAGGCAGCAAAGGCUGACCAGGCCUACGAGGACAUCCGUGUGUCCAAGGUCACAUGGGACAGCUCAUUCUGUGCCGUCAACCCCAAAUUCCUGGCCAUUAUUGUGGAGGCUGGGGGUGGAGGUGCCUUCAUCGUCCUGCCUCUGGCCAAGACAGGGCGAGUGGAUAAGAACUACCCACUGGUCACUGGGCACACUGCCCCUGUGCUGGACAUUGACUGGUGCCCACACAAUGACAACGUCAUCGCCAGUGCCUCAGAUGACACCACCAUCAUGGUGUGGCAGAUUCCAGACUAUACCCCUAUGCGCAACAUUACGGAGCCCAUCAUCACACUUGAGGGCCACUCCAAACGUGUGGGCAUCCUCUCCUGGCACCCCACAGCCCGGAACGUUCUGCUCAGUGCAGGUGGUGACAAUGUGAUCAUCAUCUGGAAUGUGGGCACUGGAGAGGUGCUCCUGAGUCUAGACGACAUACACCCAGACGUCAUCCACAGUGUGUGCUGGAACAGCAAUGGUAGCCUGCUGGCCACCACCUGCAAGGACAAGACCCUGCGUAUCAUCGACCCCCGCAAGGGCCAGGUGGUGGCGGAGCGAGCCCGGCCUCACGAGGGCGCCCGCCCGCUGCGGGCCGUCUUCACUACAGACGGGAAGCUACUGAGCACCGGCUUCAGCAGGAUGAGUGAGCGGCAACUCGCGCUCUGGGACCCGGAGAGGUUUGCGGCCCACGAGGGAAUGAGGCCCAUGCGGGCCGUCUUCACGCGCCAGGGUCAAAUCUUCACUACGGGCUUCACCCGCAUGAGCCAGCGAGAGCUGGGCCUGUGGGACCCGAACAACUUCGAGGAGCCAGUGGCACUGCAGGAGAUGGACACAAGCAACGGGGUCCUACUACCCUUCUACGAUCCAGACUCCAGCAUCGUCUACCUGUGUGGCAAGGGUGACAGCAGCAUUCGGUACUUUGAGAUUACAGAGGAACCACCUUUCGUGCAUUACCUGAACACAUUCAGCAGCAAGGAGCCACAGAGGGGCAUGGGCUUCAUGCCCAAGCGGGGACUGGAUGUCAGCAAGUGCGAGAUUGCAAGGUUCUACAAGUUGCAUGAAAGAAAGUGUGAACCCAUCAUUAUGACUGUGCCCCGCAAGUCAGACCUGUUCCAGGACGACCUUUACCCAGAUACCGGCCCGGAGCCGGCCCUAGAAGCGGAUGAAUGGCUAUCUGGUCAGGACGCAGAACCCGUGCUCAUCUCGUUGAGGGAUGGUUACGUGCCGCCCAAGCACCGCGAGCUCCGAGUCACCAAGCGCAACAUCCUGGACGUGCGCCCACCCCCUGGCCCCCGCCGCAGCCAGUCGGCCAGCGACACUCCCUUGUCGCAGCAGCACACCCUGGAGACACUGCUGGAGGAGAUAAAGGCCCUGCGCGAGCAGGUGCAGGCCCAGGAGCGGCGCAUCACCGCUUUGGAGAACAUGCUGUGCGAGCUGGUGGAUGGCACGGACUAAUGCAGCGCUUGGGGAAGCUCCGAGCCCAGAAGGCAAAGUGGCUUUUGGUCCGGAACUCCGGACCCCGCCUCUCUGGGCCCAGGCCGGGCCGGGACUGGGAAGGGAACGCCACACCUCGCGUGAGUCCUGGACAAAUGAAGCGUUUCAGAGACUCUGGCGCCCGCUGGGCUGAGUGCCUUGCAGGGAACUCAGCAGCACUCAGCAGGAACUGGCCUCAGAAGGCCCAGGGUGACGGGGGCCUCGGCAUUGGUGCUGCACCGCUGGCAGUGUCCCCUUUGUUCCUCACCCAGGGCAGGGGAAGUGCUUAGUAUUAGCGAAAUGCUUGGGGAUGUUGGGGAACUUGGGCUUGACCUCAAAGGGGUAGCAAUUUGAUGCGUCUCUCCAGACAGCUGGGGAAAAUUACAACGCUUCUCCCUCUAAUCAGCUCACUUGACUCCACCACCCUGAGUGGUAAAUCCAACGGGCGUUGCCCCAGUUCUAUGGACAUACGCAAAUGCUGGCUGUAGAGCAGGACCCAUGGGCUACAUCCAGCAGUCUAUGACAAAGGACUCUCUUCCUUCUUUCCACCUACAGGGGAGAGGGCGGCUUCCUCGAGGCACUCCCACAGGAGAACCAACCAGAAAACUGGCGUGAGGAAGCAGGUUCACACCUCCUACACACACACACACACACACACACACACACAUGCACGCACGCACACACACUGCCCCCAGCCCUCUGUUGUGGCCUUGACUUCAGGAGGAAAACAAAAAGUACUGAAUGAAACAUUUUACCAAGUGCUCAGUUUGUGCCUCCUGCCUCCAGUCCCCCAGUCUCUGUAAAUGCCACUCCAGACUCCUGGAGAUCCUGACAAAUGCAACCCUCGGCUCAGGACCCACCAGACACCCACUUACCUCAGGGCCCUCCCACAGUAAGGUUCAGAAGGAACCCGAAACCCUCAGUUGGGUGUUCUUCCCCAGUAAAGGCAGGUAGGAAAA